GGUUGGCCGCCGCACUCGGCCCAGGGCUCGCUGUGAGCUGCCGGCCGAGCCAUGGGCUGCGACGGUCGGGUGUCAGGGCUGCUCCGCCGCAACCUACAGCCCACGCUCACCUACUGGAGCGUCUUCUUCAGCUUCGGCCUGUGCAUCGCCUUCCUGGGGCCCACGCUGCUGGACCUGCGCUGCCAGACGCACAGCUCUCUGCCCCAGAUCUCCUGGGUCUUCUUCUCGCAGCAGCUCUGCCUCCUGCUGGGUAGCGCCCUCGGGGGUGUCUUCAAGAGGACCCUGGCCCAGUCAUUAUGGGCUCUCUUCACCUCUACCCUGGUCAUCUCCCUGGUGUUUGCUGUCAUCCCCCUCUGCCAUGAUGUGACGGUAUUGGCCUCGGUCAUAGCGCUGGCGGGCCUAGCCAUGGGCUGCAUCGACACCGUGGCCAACAUGCAGUUGGUGAGGAUAUACCAGAAGGACUCGGCCUUCUUCCUUCAGGUCCUUCAUUUCUUCGUGGGCCUUGGUGCUCUGCUGAGCCCCCUGAUCGCUGAUCCCUUCCUGUCAGAGGCCAACUGCUUUCCUGCUAAUAACACAGCCAAUGCCACCUCCAGAAGCCAUGUAUCCCGGGUCCUAAGCCAACAUCAUGCAGCAGCCCAGCCUUGGAUGAACCAGACGAUCCCCAGGCCGCCCCCAAAGGAUGUGACCGAGAACCACGUAUCCUAUGCGUUCUGGAUCAUGGCUCUCAUCAAUCUCCCAGUGCCCCUGGCUGUUCUAUUCCUGCUGUCGAAGGAGCGGCUGCUGACCUGCUCCCAGAGGAAGCCCCUGCUCCUGUCUGCAGACGAGCUUGCACUAGAGACCCGGCCUGUUGAAAAGGAAGACACUUCCUCACUUGCCUACAAGUUUCAGCCACACCCAGGGCAGGAGGACCUGUUCAGCUGCUGCCAGAGGAAGAACUUCCGGGGAGCCCCGUGCUCUUUCUUCGCCAUCCACAUCACAGCCGCUCUGGUCCUGUUCAUGACAGACGGGAUGAUGGGCGCUUAUUCAGCCUUUGUGUACAGCUAUGCUGUGGAGAAGCCGCUCUCUAUUGGACACAAGUCAGCUGGUUACCUCCCCAGCCUCUUCUGGGGUUUCAUCACUCUGGGCCGGUUCAUCUCCAUCCCAGUCUCCUCAAGAAUGAGGCCAGCCUCCAUGGUGUUCAUCAAUGUGGUGGGAGUGGUGGUGACAUUCCUCCUGAUGCUUAUCUUCUCCUACAAUGUCAUCUUCCUGUUUGUGGGGACAGCAAGCCUGGGGCUGUUUCUGAGUAGCACCUUCCCCAGUAUGCUUGCCUACACCGAGGACAUCCUCCAGUAUAAAGGUUGUGCGACCACGGUGCUGGUGACUGGGGCAGGAAUCGGUGAGAUGGUCCUGCAGAUGCUGGUUGGCUUGAUCUUUCAGGCCCAGGGCAGUUACAGUUUCCUCCUCUGUGGCGUGAUCUUUGGCUGCCUGGCUUUUAUCUUCUACAUCUUGCUCCUGUUUUUCCACAGGAUACAUCCUGAACUCUCAUCAGUUCUUACCCAAGACAAAGCCCUCGGUGUGGAGAACUCUGACUGCUACCAGAGGUGAAGAGCUCAGCUUCUGGGCAACAGGGUGACCAGACUGACACAGGAAGCCAGGGUCCUACGGGAGGCUUCUCUUGCCACCUUGUUUGUGUCUUCCGUCCCUGAGUCUUCCCUGGACAAAUCCAGCACCUGCCUGACACUUUAGCUGUCUUCCUCUCUGGUUCGGAUUUCUCCCUGACAACCAGAUGGGAGGAUGAAAGACAGCCCUCAUGCCUCUCCACACGCCACCCCGAGCAUGGGCUAAACUCUGCGUUUGAGAUCACGUUUAGUUGAGGUUUGAGAAACAUGCUAAAAUCAUGUCAUUAAUCAUUGCUAGGUAUAGAUAUAUUUUAAAUUAAUCAAAACCCUCUGGCAUGUGGAAAGGAUUUAUGUGCUCUUCACUUACCCAAGGUCCCAAGUCCCUCACAUCCCUCCUGCAGAAAUCAGUCUAUUGGUGUCCUAAGACAACAAAGGAAAUGUUGAAUCUCACUUUGAGACCCUAGUUCAGUGUUGCACCGGGCUAACUCAGACAAGCUCUAGAAAGCCGUUUGUUAAAUCUUCAUUUUGAGAGCUAGUAGCCAUGGCUAAGACUUAAGUUAUUAUUAUUCUUUUUAUGAGAUGACAUUUCUCUGUGUAGCCCCAGCUGUCCUGGAACUUACUCUGUAGACCAAGCUGCCUUGGAACUCACUCUAUAGACCAGGCUACCCUCACUCACAGAUAUCUGUCUGCCUCUGCCUCCCAGGUGCUGGGAUGAAAGGUGUGUACCACUACCACCCAGAUUAAAAAAUAAUUUGUAACUAAACUAAGGUAAUACUCAAAACAUCACUUUCCAGUUUUACAUGACUGAUGAUCCUGAGCUCAGGAGUGUCCAUGGCACCAAGGUGGUGGCAUUUCUGUGGCAGAAUACUGCUGGGCUCCUUCCCUCAGCUCUCCUGGCAGCCCACUGGUAGUCCAAGGCACAGAAAUGGGAAAAGCUGUGCUGCUGGGAACAGAUGGGCUUCCCAGCAUUGCCCUGCUGAUGAGCAAUGCUAAUUGGUUCAGAAAGCACAGGGAGAAUGAACUGGACAUCCUAUUGUUCUUUACCAAGAUCCUCGAGGUACAGACGAAUUUUAAAAAUUUAAAAAUUUUAAAAAUUUGGAAUUUUAUACCUUUUAUAGAUGAAAAUUUUAUACUGUGUCAAGGUCUUUUUUUUCUCCACAUAAAUCUAGGAUUGUCUAAUAAUUCAAGCCGCGCAGUAUACAUAGAGCAGUGUCAGUGUGCAGAAAUCAGUGUGUGUCAGGAGUGCCCACUUCUAUUCAGAACGUAGGUUAGUAAUCAGAGACUACACCAGCCUGGACAGGGCUGGGUGCAAGGCUUCUGGAAUCACCAACAUGGCUGUCACGGAGACUUCUGAAAGGGACAGAAUGUUCUGUUACAGUUUAUCUGUGCGUUCUCUGGGCAUAUACAUGUGUUCCUGUGAAAGUCAAGUGGACUAUGGUCCCAAGGGCUGUAGUUCACACACUCGGCACCAGCAGAGCAGAGAUGGACCAGGUAUUAGCCUUCUAGCUGUGACCCUGGAAGCCCCUGUCCCCCAAGCAUCUCCAGCCUUGCUUGUUUUUACCAGUAUGAUGGCGUUUCUAAAAGCACCCUACCUCACAGGAGUUCUGAGAGAAUUAAGAAUGUGUGGAGCAUCUGCUACGUGCCCUACAUGGGAACUGCCUUCCAAAUGUUCAUGUUUUUACUGUUAUUACUUUCAAAGCGCCGUAAGCAGCUUAGAAGUCAUCCACAUUUGGUACAAACUCGAAGUCAAACAAAUUUAACUUUGAAAUGCCGGUGGCCUAAGCAAAUCCUUUUAACUAUAUUUAUAAAUACUUAUAAAAGUACCUCAUGCUAGCCAAAUUAAAAUCUAACUGAGCAAUCUAACUAUGGUGACUGACCUGGGCAAAGAGAAAGUGGUUGUAUUUUUCUUGUAGUUUUUCAAGAAAACAUCCUUUUUAUACAGAUCUAGAAAGAAGAAUCACUGGUUAUACCUACAUUGAUGACGAUUGAUGUGUUAAUACAGAAAAUAAAUUAAAACAAAUCUGAUACUUUCCUAAAAAUAAAGUAUUUUAAGCCUA